AUGGACAUGGACGUGGACGUGGACGUGGACGUGGACGUGGACGUGGACGUGGACGUGGAGAACAUGGACGUGGACAUGGACGUGAACGUGGACGUGGACGUGGACGUGGACGUGGACGUGCACGUGGACGUGGACGUGGACGUGGACGUGGACGUGGACGUGGACAUGGACGUGGACAUGGACGUGGACGUGGACGUGGACGUGGACAUGGACGUGGACGUAGACGUAGACGUGGACGUGGACGUGGACAUGGACGUGGACGUGGACGUGGACGUGCACGUGGAGGACGUGGACGUGGACGUGGACGUGGACGUGGAGAACUUGGAGGUGGACAUGGACGUGAACGUGGACGAGGACGUGGACGUGGAGGACUUGGACGUGGACAUGGACGUGGACGUGGAGUGGACGUGGACGUGGACAUGCUAG